AUGCCGCUUCCAACCGGAGUUUAUCGCGCCGAUCAGGUCGGAUCCCUGCUUCGGCCGAAGGAAAUCCUCGAGGCUCGUGAGAAGGUGGCUGCAGGAGCACUGUCCAAGACAGACCUGCGGCAGCUCGAGGACAAGUACAUCGCCGACGUCGUGCGGAAGCAGCUGAAUGCGGGUCUUCGCGCCGUCACCGAUGGCGAGUUCCGGCGUGCAUUCUUCCACCUGGACUUCCUGCAGCAUCUGGACGGCAUCGAGGUACGCGGGAACAUGAUGUCGACCAACACGUCCAAGGGCGGGUUUGCGCCGCCGAAGCUGGUCGUGACGGGCAAGCUCGGCCACAGCAAGCCCAUCCAGGUGGACGACUUCAAGUUUCUGGAGCGCCAGAUCGCCGAGGCCGGCGGGGAGGGCGCCUUUGGCAAGGUCUCGUCCAAAGUGGCCAUCCCCAGUCCGACCAUGGUGCACUUCCGGGGCGGGCGCGAGACGAUCGACCUCGACGCGUACCCGUCCAUGGACGCCUUCUUCGACGACCUCGCCCGCGUGUACCAGGAGGAACUGCAGGACCUGUACGAGGCGGGCUGCCGGUUCGUGCAGCUCGACGACACGAACCUCGCGUACCUGUGCGACCCCAAGAUGCGGUCCGAGGCCGAGACCCGGCACGGCGCCGACGCCAAGCAGCUCGCGUCCCAGUACGCCACGCUCAUCAACCGGGCGAUCGAGAAGCGGCCCUCGGACAUGACCAUCGGCAUCCACCUGUGCCGCGGCAACCACCGCAGCCAGUGGUUCGCCCAGGGCGGCUACGAGCCAGUGGCCGAGGUGCUCUUCAAGGAUUUGAAUGUUGAUGUCUACUUUCUCGAGUACGACGACGCCCGGUCCGGCGACUUCAGCCCCCUGCGCCACCUACCGCCCCACAAGGUCGUCGUCUUGGGUGUCAUGACCAGCAAAAAGGGCGACCUCGACGACAAGGACGCCAUGGUCCAGCGCUUGCGGGAAGCCACAAAGUACUGUCCCAAGGGCCUCGAUCAGCUCUGCCUCAGCCACCAAUGCGGCUUCAGCAGCACCAUGGAAGGCAACGAGUUGUCCGAGGACCAGCAGUGGGCCAAGCUCCGCCUUGAGGUCGACAUCGCCAAGACCGUCUGGGGUCCCAAUACCGCCGAGUAA